AUGUUUCCUUCCUCUCCUGCCUACACGUGCUUACCUGUCUCUUUAGGUCCCGAUCGUAGCCGCCGGCGGUCGCGCUCUCCGCUUGCUGUCGAUAGGUAUGAGCCGAGAGCGCGAGCCCGAGACGAAUAUGCCGGCACUCGGGAUAGAGAAGACCGCCCUCGCCGCAUUGGCUCACCGCCUGCCAAUAUCGAUCGUUAUGUGCCAGGCCAGGAAAGUGCACCUGCACAGCCUCUGACUAACCCCAUCCCGGACCCAAUCAGGCUUUCUUAUCAGGUUGGAUUCUCCUACUUCGGCGAGUGGUGGCGUGCCAAUGAGAAAAUCAAGGAGGAGAAGGAACGCCAGCGAACAGGCCGUCGCCGUGAGCCUGACCGUGUCCGCGGUCAGCGUGAGAUUCUAGAGGAGCGGGACAAGGAAAAGGCUCGAAUCCAAGCCGCGUACGAUUCGUACAAGGAAGAUCUCCAAGGAAAAAUGGCCCAAACAUUCGUUAAACAACACAAGGAGGAACAGUGGUUCAGAGAGCGCUAUGUCCCUGAGAUCAGGGAUGGAUUUAAAGCGAAGCUGAACGAAUUUCGUCGUGGCGCCUACACUCAGUGGGAACAAGACCUGGAGUCGGGGACAUUUGACGAGUUUUCCCUGGAAGGUAUCCCGAAAAGCGAGAGCAACGGCGCUGGCGGCAUUGUCGAAAAGGAGGAGGGCGAAGCGACUGCCGCAAACGAGGUUCUUGGAGUUGGCGACCUGGUUCCUACCAACAAUGCCGACAUCAGAGACGAGAAUCUAUUUCAACCAACCCUCCUCAUCAAGACUAUUGCGCCUUCCGUCAGCCGUCAUAACUUGGAGGCCUUUUGCAAGGAGCAUAUUGGUGAGGAAGAGGGUGGCUUUAAGUGGCUGUCUCUCAGUGACCCGAACCCAAGCAAGCGAUUUCACCGAAUCGGCUGGAUCAUGCUGCAUCCAGCUGCAGAGGCGCCUGCUACUGGAGGUCUAGAGAGUGUCACUGAGGAGCAGGAAGAAGGGUUUAUCCCAACAACCCCUGCCCCCGUCUCAACUGCCGACAAGGCUCUUGAGGCAAUAAAUGGCAAGACUGUCAAGGAUGAGCAACGAGGAGAUUUCACUUGCCAUGUGGGUGUUCACAACCCCCCAACAAAUCCUAGAAAAAAGGCAUUGUGGGAUCUCUUCUCGGCGCCAGAGCGCAUCCUAAAAGAUCUCGAUCUUGUCAAGCGCCUUGUCAACAAAUUUGAAGAGGAUUUUGGAUCCGACUUCAACGCUACUCUUAAAAUUGUUGAGCGCGUUGAAGAUCUCAAAAACGCCGGACAUCUGCAACCUGUUUUGUCGAGCCCAACCGUCAAGAAGCCCAAAAAGAACCUUGCAGUUGGUAUGGAUGAGGCUGUCGAGGACGGAGAAGAGCUUGCUGAUAUGGAAGUCGACGACGAAGAAGAGGAGGGUGCCGUUGACGAUGAGGUUGACGAUGAAGACCUCCUUGUCAAGAAGAAGGAACUGGAUCUUAUGAUCGAGUAUCUCCGGCGUGUCUUCAACUUCUGCUUUUUCUGCGUCUUUGAGAGCGACUCGAUCCACGAGUUGACCCGCAAGUGCCCCGGCGGGCAUCUCCGUCGGCCGCGGAGCACUCUGUCGUCGACGGCUAAAGCUGUUGCCCGAGCCAGCGCGCUUGGCGAACCUUUUCCAUCCAAAAAGCGCAAAGAAGCUGAGGAUCUCGAGGAGGGCGAGGCCCCUGAGGCGGACCGCAAGUUUCGCACUUCGUCCAAAACAGAGCAACAGCUUCAACGGGCGUAUAACUGGGUCAAAACAUUUGAGGACAAGAUCAUGCAAAUUCUCGAUCCUGAAUUAGUUGACAUUCGAAAACUCGGUGGAAAGCCGAUCGAAGACGCGCUCAAUGAAGAGUUUGUCAAGCACGUCAAGCAAGAAGAUGAACAUAAAUGGCGGUGCAAAGUCCCAGACUGCACAAAGCUAUUCAAGGAGGAACAUUUCUGGAGAAAGCAUGUGGAAAAACGCCAUGCUGAGUGGCUAGACAAGCUUAAGGAAGAGUUUGAGUUGGUCAAUGCUUAUAUCAUUGAUCCUGCACACAUUGCCCCGUCCCGCACCGACGCAAACUCGAACGGACACUUCCCCCCUACAAACGGGCAGACGCCAACAGGCACGCCGCGUGGCUUCAACCUCUCCAACUAUGCCAUAAACAACAUGAUUGGUUUUCCUAAUUUUGCCGCAAUGUCCAUGUUCACACCAAACUUGCUGGGCGUCCCCCCUCUGGGAGCGGCCCCUGGUUGGCACGCCCCUGGUGGUGAUGAUCGUGGGGUCGGUCCCGUCCGCCGCGGCGGACCGAUGGGAGGACCGGGAGGCCGUUUCCAGAACCGUACGGGUCCUUAUGAACGCCGACCAAACCCGCGCUAUGCGCCAGACAUUGGUGUAGCUGGCGCAAUGGGCGGACGAGGCCGACCGGGCCCAGCCAACCGAUGGGGUGACGGUGCCGGCGGUGCUGCCAUGGGACCACGCGAGGCAGUACAGGGGCGAACCAUUAAAAGCUACGAAGAUCUUGAUCAGGUUUCAAGCGGUGGCGGUGGGGAGCUCAACUACUAG